GGAAGCAGCAGCGGUUCGCAGGUUGUUGCUAACCGGUUAGCAUCUCGUGUUUUCGUAGUUUUGAGUUCUUCCGAACAUUUAAAAUGAACAAACUGAACAAAUCGCUGGAGUUCGACUCGUAUGAGAUCGAGGAGCCGAGUGACGAGGAGCGAGCCGAGAGCAGCUCCGAGGACGAGCUGGAUGUGCUGCUGAAUGGGACUCCGGAGCAGAAGAAGAAGCUGAUCAGAGAGUAUCUGACCGGGGAGAGCGAGUCGUCUAGCGAGGAUGAGUUUGAGAAAGAGAUGGAGGCCGAACUCAGCUCCACCAUCAGGACCAUGGAGGGAACCUGGGGGCCAGCAGCAGAAGCCUCAGGAGGAGGAGGAGGAGGAGGAGGAGGAGGAGGAGACGCUGGUUCUGGACUUCCGAACACUCGGAUGUAUGAUAAAGUUUACUUUGACUCUGACUCAGAGGAGGAAGACACAGCCGGAAGCUCCACCGGCCGGAGGCGGAGACAGCGGACAAUCCUGACCAAUGACGAGCUGCUGUACGACCCUGAUGAGGACGACCGGGACCAGGCCUGGGUGGACGCCCGCCGGAGACAGUACAACAGCAGAAAACGGCCAGCGUCAGCGCUUCGCUCGCAGCAUCGGCGUCCUGAGGGUUUACCGAGCAGCGACGCCAUCCUCAACUGUCCCGCCUGCAUGACGACGCUCUGCCUCGACUGUCAGAGACACGAAAAGUACCGGACGCAGUACCGAGCCAUGUUCGUGAUGAACUGCACAGUGAAGAAGGACGAGGUGCUGCGCUACAAGACCCAGGAGGACAGGAAGCAGAGGAGGAGGAAGAGGAGGAGGGACCAGAAGACGGACCAGAAGACGGACGCUCCGGCGGACGAGACUCCCGACCCGAUGCCGGCGGGGAUGGACGCCGACGAGGUGUACCACCCGGUGCAGUGCUCCGAGUGCAGCACCGAGGUGGCCGUGUUCGACAAGGACGAGGUCUACCACUUCUUCAACAUCCUGGCCAGCCACUGCUGAGACCAGUGUCUUCAUCCUCCCAGUUUGUUUCUCAGCUCCGAUUUAAAGCUGCUAAAGUCUAGAUUUUUAUAUGAACAGUCCAGAGCUGAAGCAGGUGGACACAACCAGCAUUGAAUAAACGCUGCUGUUGCUCUGCAUGACUGACUGAGACGGACUCUGUCAUCCGAUCUGCAUGUUCUCAGCAGGUGUUCCAGAUGUUCCCCAUGGCUCUGAGUGAUUCCACCUGCAGAUUAAUAAACCAACAGAACCAGAGGAGGUCACUGGAACCGGCUGACUUCUGCUGAGAGCAGAGCAGCUGACCAUUCAGAGAAUAAAUCAGCUGCUAGUCCAGAACCAGAACUGUUGAGGAACAGAACCCAGAGCAGGUAGCUGCUGUUUCCAGAUGAUCCAGAUGUUGGUUGCUGAGCUGAAACACAAACUGCUGGUUGUACAGUUUAAACUCCACUUCCUGUCCAAAAGCUGAAACACAGACGACUUGUUGGCGUCAGUCAGUUUCAAACCGACUCCCAGUAGAACCAGUCCGACCCAGCAGCCUCCAUCAGGCCGGACUAGUCCAAGUGGUGUCAGCGUGGGGGAGGUCACAGUUGGUCUGUUCCUCCUAAAAUAAAGGAUUAAUCCAUAACUUUCCUUUUUAUGAAAGACACACCUGAGACUGAUGAGAUCCACCAGAACACCUGAGAACACCUGAAGACCUGCAGCCGUCUGCACACAGCGUUAAAGUACUGCCUGUUGCUGGAGAGAAUCCUGCUGUGGCCAAUCAGAGUGCACGAUUCCCUCCAUCAGAUCCAUCUCCUCAACGCUUCAGGUUUCCUGAUGAGGAAACAUGAUGUCUGAAUCAGGAAAGCCUCUAAAUGUCCAACAAAACCUGGGCUUCGAGUGUGAACAGGCUCUUACUGCAGCCCUGCUGGCCUCGGUUCUGAUAAAGGACGUUUAUAAAAAUCUGA